AUGAGUGACCGUUCUCCUAAUGAGGAAACCGCCGGUGUCGAUACGCCCGGUGUACGGACCCCUCGGGCUCUGUCUCAGAACCUCGACGUCGACACGAUUACCCAACAGCUUUCAGCGUGCCUGCAAACACCGCAAGGCAAUCCUCCAUUCAUAGCACCUGUUGGAUUCGAUGAAGCACUCUCUGCAACAGACCAUUCAGAGCCUAUCUCAAAAGCCUUCAAACAACGGGGAUUUUGGCCUUGGUUAGCAUAUUUCCUAGUCACCAAGAAUGGUGAUAAACUCAGCUAUUUCUUUGAAUGCCUCUCUGCGCUACCUCUAGAUAUCGUCUCUGAUAUCGCGGGGCGUGUAGCAAGCGUACCAGUGGAGCCGACUCUAGUCAUGCGAUUGCAAAACACGCUCUGGACUGCUAGACGAGGAUCACAACGACGCUGUAUACAUGACUUUCCACCCGCACCAACAUCUUCGCCGCUACCAGAACCUAGCCCCCGAAAGCGACCACGUGUACAGCCAUUGCAUAAUUACGAUAAUACAACGAGCGCAAUUGAUCGACGCAACUUCCAUAGCAUUGUCUCCGAUAUCCCCCAAACGGGUGAUGCGAAUACACCCUACUACCCAGCUCGUGACAAGCCGGUUGAAUGGCCCCGGAUAGUCGAAAACACAAACCCUUGGACGCCUGACCCGGACUCGCUACACAACUACGCAUACCCCAAUGCCAGCAAGAUACCGUUGGUCUUUAGUCCAGAGCUCGGUGAUAUGAUUGUUCGGAACGAGAAUUUCACGGCAUCGAUCUUCGCAUCAUUUCCCUCAAACCCGGAUAGAUGUCGGCUUGUCUUGGACAUAGAGGCUGGGAUGGUUGCUCCACUCGCGAUGAAGCUCUAUGAUGCACAGGUUGUUGAAACGGGACGGCAAAGGGCAUUCCGUCUUCCAAGUGGAGCAAUCUUAGAAAUCAUGAGUGCUGUGAGACUUACGAAUACCAAGUUAAGUCGAUGGGAGGAAUUGCUAGGAAGUCUGAUUGGUGGGGUACGAAAUGCUCAAGAUGUCUGGCUAUGGAAGUUCCUGGCGCGACUAACAGCCCAGCCCGAAUAA